UCGCGUCGAACUUCUCGCAGAGCGCGUCGCACGUUCGAGUACCGGCCGCCGCCCGUCAUCAGUAGUCGCCGACCUUCCUUAGUUUUUAGUAGUCAGUAGUCGGCUCGUUUGUCAACAAUUUUCACAAACCGUCUAUUUAUCAAAUUAACAACCAGCAAAAAAAAAAAAAAAAUUAAAAAAAAACAUAUUUCCAUCAUCAAAAAAAUAAAUAAUUCUCUCGUGUGAGUAAAAUUGUUUUUCCCUCCCGCUUCCCCUUCGACGAAAAAAAAAAAUACGAGGAGAGAUAAUCCAAAACAUUGAAAAUAUAUUUCGGGCACUACAUUUUUUUGUGCUACGAAUCAGAAAAAAAAAUCCUGUGCUUUAAUAGAGAAUAAACAACCAAAGGAAAGAACAUUCGUGAGAGUUUGUUUUUUUGCAAUAAAAAAAAAAAAAAACCGAGCCGUCGCAAACCCGGCUCGGCCCGGCGAAAAACGAUAGAGACACACGCAGAAAAAUAAAACAAGAAGAAGGCGAGAAUCGACGUGCAAAAAAAAGUAAUCAGUAAUUCAAGAAAAAAAAAACGUGUGCUGUGUCUCAUUUUGCUUAUUGUUAGAAAGGAAAAUAAUCUCUGGCUAAUUAUCGACUUAUCAACAACAACAACGAGACGAAAUGGAACAACAAACACAAGAAAUCGUGGCCAGCGGGUCACCAGCCGAGGUGCCCAACGAUCCAGGGAAAAUGUUCAUCGGUGGACUAUCAUGGCAGACUAGUCCAGAGAGCCUCAGAGAGUACUUUACCAAAUAUGGAGACAUCACAGAAGUUAUGGUUAUGAAAGAUCCCACUACUCGGCGGUCAAGCAGCGGUGAGCCCGCCUCGUAUGUGGUGGACAGUGCUGGCUGCAUGUUCACGCCAAGGGGUUUUGGCUUCAUCACAUUCGCAGAUCCUUCGAGCGUAGAUAAGGUACUGGCACAAGGCACACACGAACUAGACGGCAAAAAAAUCGACCCAAAGGUAGCAUUUCCCAGGAGGACACAUCCAAAGAUGGUGACAAGGACAAAGAAAAUAUUCGUCGGCGGCUUAUCAGCGCCGACGACGCUGGAGGACGUCAAAAAUUAUUUCGAACAGUUUGGACCGAUCGAGGAUGCCAUGCUUAUGUUCGACAAGCAAACCAACAGGCACAGAGGCUUCGGCUUCGUUACGUUUCAAUGCGAAGACGUUGUCGACAAAGUGUGCGAGAUUCACUUCCAUGAGAUCAAUAACAAAAUGGUCGAAUGCAAGAAGGCACAACCAAAGGAAGUGAUGCUUCCAGCGAAUCUGGCGAAGACGCGGGCGGCUGGCAGAGGUGCAUACGAUUUUAUGUGGUCCUUGGGAGCAUUACCUGAUGGUUUCCCAGCGGCGGCGUACGCGGCAUACGCCGCAGGUCGCGGUUAUUCUGGGUACCCUAGUUUCGGACUACCCUACCCGACAGGAGUGCCGACAGUUUUCUACCAGGAAACCGGAUCUGUGGGCUACUUGUAUUCAAAAGGACCGGUCCAACAUUACCAAAGGGCUGCUCUACGAGAGAAAUUGGAUCUUACCAAUGGACAGCUCACCCCGAACAACAACACACCCUUGCUUACGCAAGCUCUGUCUGUGAUGAAUAAUUAUCAAGCGGCGCAAGCUGGAUUUCCACCAGCGUCGCCACACGGAGCCGGUGGUCAUGGACCUCAGGGCCGCUCGUUUCCUGCAGCCAACUCGCCAGGGCCUAUUGACAUGUACAGUUCGAGUGCUGCAGCAGCAGCGGCCGCCGCAGCUGCGGAUUCUGCAGUAGCCAGCUAUGUUCAGGCAGCAGCCAGUCCGCAACCACCCACCACCGCGUUUCCCGCGAUCGCAGUAUCCCGUGCCCCGCUCAACUACAAUCCCGAUUCUCACGUGCUGUUUCAGGGUCCCCUGAUACCAGCCGCAUUCACUAAUGGCUACCAUUGAGCCUUCCUACGACCUAACAACAGGAUGGACGAGAGGGUAGAGCGCAGCAUGGUCGACUGACGGCACAACGGGUUACACGAAAGCUUCGGAAAUGAAUAAAAGUGUCAUCAAAGCUUAUUAAAAAAAAAAAAAAAAAGAAAAAGAAAAAAAGGAAAAGAGGCGAAGAAUUGCACAGAAUAACGAGAACGAACAAAAAAGUGAGAACUGCGACGUGGGCAAUCGUUUCCGGCGAAAAAAGCUUCAUGUUCCGAGAGUGACCGACGUUAUGAUCGAGCGUGAUCAUACAUAAAUAUAAGAAAAUGUCAAUGAAAAGGAAUCGGAGUCACGAGCGUCGCAGGGAAUUGCAUCGAAAUAUUCACAUGACGUGUGUCAUGAGAAAAAAAAGAA